GGGUAUAUAUGUCAAAAGACAGCAACUGGAAACCCUAAUUCUAUCCGCCCGUUACUAUAUAAAGUGUCAUAGGGUUACAGUUCCCAGAAAGCUACCAUUUGUAUCCGGCGCCGAUUCCGUCAGUUCUCUGAGCUAUUACAGGUAGGAAAAAUGUCGCAUCGUAAGUUUGAGCACCCAAGACAUGGUUCUUUGGGAUUUCUUCCAAGGAAAAGAGCUGCGCGACACAGAGGAAAAGUGAAGGCUUUCCCCAAAGAUGAUCCAACGAAACCUUGCAGGUUGACAGCUUUCCUUGGAUAUAAAGCUGGCAUGACCCAUAUUGUCAGAGAAGUUGAAAAACCAGGGUCAAAGCUCCAUAAGAAAGAGACUUGUGAAGCUGUUACCAUAAUUGAGACACCUCCAAUGAUUGUUGUUGGUGUUGUCGGUUAUGUGAAAACACCACGUGGACUUCGUUGCCUGAGCACUGUCUGGGCUCAGCAUCUUAGUGAAGAAAUCAAAAGGAGGUUCUACAAGAACUGGUGCAUGUCCAAAAAGAAGGCCUUUGCCAAGUACUCAAAGAAGUAUGAAACUGAUGAAGGUAAGAAGGAUAUUAAUGCACAGUUGGAGAAGAUGAAGAAGUAUUGUUCUGUGAUCCGCGUUCUUGCCCAUACUCAGAUUAGGAAAAUGAAAGGUCUCAAGCAAAAGAAGGCACAUCUUAUGGAGAUUCAGGUUAAUGGUGGGGAUGCUGCCCAGAAGGUUGAUUAUGCCUAUGGCUUUUUUGAGAAACAGAUUCCCGUUGAUGCAAUUUUCCAAAAGGAUGAGAUGAUUGAUAUCAUUGGUGUGACUAAAGGUAAGGGGUAUGAGGGUGUUGUUACUCGUUGGGGCGUGACCCGGCUCCCACGUAAGACUCAUCGUGGUCUUAGAAAGGUGGCUUGUAUUGGUGCUUGGCAUCCAGCUAGGGUGUCAUUUACUGUUGCUAGGGCUGGGCAGAAUGGUUAUCACCAUCGUACUGAGAUGAACAAGAAAGUCUACAGGCUGGGCAAGGCUGGACAGGAGUCUCAUUCUGCCAUUACUGAGUUUGACAGGACUGAGAAGGAAAUCACUCCAAUCGGUGGAUUCCCUCACUAUGGUGUUGUGAAAGAGGACUUCCUGUUGAUUAAGGGCUGCUGUGUUGGACCAAAGAAGCGUGUUGUGACUUUGAGGCAGUCGUUGUUGAACCAGACAUCUAGGGUUGCAAUGGAGGAGAUCAAGCUCAAGUUCAUUGACACAUCAUCCAAGUUUGGCCAUGGACGCUUCCAGACUACACAGGAGAAGGCAAAAUUCUAUGGACGCAUUAAAGCUUGAGAAUUUGUCAAGAUCAUAUCGGCUUUUUUUUUUGUCAGGAGAUGAACUUCAUUUAUAAGUUGCUAUGUCGUUUCUUAUUUAUUCUCAAUACUGUGACAAUUUUGUCAGAUUAAAGUUGAUGCUUGUUAUUUCAAUAAGCAUUUUUUGGACGCA